GUGGAAGAAUUGAAUUUGAGAUACUUAAAAAUACUGAAAUCACACAGAAUGAAACUGAUAUUUUAAUGAAGACAUAUGAAAAAUUAUGUGAAAAAUUAAAAGCUAAUAUUGAAUAUAAGAAAAAUUUAUUACCGAUCUGUUUAAACUAA